AUGAUCAAAGGCAAUAAUAAUAAUAAUGAGAGUGUAGAACCUAUAAGCGUAGAUACAGGAACUAAAAUCGCGAAGACGCAAAAUUUCAACAAUAAUGAGAUUGUUGAAUCGUCGAAUGCGUUAUCGAAAGGCAUUAAACAAUCUGAAGACGAACACGCUUCUAACUUGGUUGCUGUGUAUGUCACUCGAUUUGAUACAAAAAAAGGAAACAUAAUUGAAUGGCAGUAUCCGGAAGAUUUCGAUCUUAAGGGAAUCGAAUUUCAGUCAUUGCCUAGUGGAUUACAUUCCGUAAGCCAAGAUGUGAUAUACUUUACCAGACCACCAUUUGUUGGGUUAAGUUUAUUCCGGAAUGAAAGUACUUUGGAUCAAUCCGUAGACCGAGGAGCUCAUAUGGCGGCUGUGGGUAUAUUAGUGUCACCUACAACUGAAACUGGGUUAUGCGGUCGUCCUUGGAAUCACUUAAUGUUUUUACAAAACGAAAUACUGAAGCAUGUCAAUUUCUCGGAUGAUUAUUCAAAUUUGAUCGAGUACUUUAAAAAAAAUAGGAUAGUAUUAGAUUCAACAGAUAAUGAUUCGUCUUUUGAGCCUGAUAGCGGACCAUCUACUUCAUAUCGACUUAAUAAACCUCAGUAUUCACGAAAUAGGUGUUUAUCAACCUCUGAACUGAGUACAAUCAGCUAUCUAGCGCCUGUUCUACCUAUGCAUCCUGCUCAUCAUUUUCCAAAUUUUGUUCGUUCAUGUGGUCCUACUAUUUUCUUGUUAUGGAAAGCUGCUUUACUCAAAAAACGAAUUUUGUUCUAUUCUCCGCCUCCAGUAGAAGAAGUUUGUUACUUUGUUUAUGGAACGUGUUUAAUUUCCAAUGUAUCGUCAUCCGUUAGUAGAACUUUAAAAUAUAAAGUAGACAAGAUGAAACCACUAUUCAAUGUUGGAGUUUGUGAUAUUCCUACGAUGGAGGCUACGGAAGGUGGCUUCGUUGCAUGCACAACGGACUUAAUUUUUCAGUAUAAAAAAAAUCUUUAUGAUCUGCUUGUAAUUUUGCCACACAAAGAAAAUCAAUAUCAACAACCAGAAUUGAUCGCAUCACCUGGUUCACAAUUAUCUACUAAAAUCAAUGCAACGGAUAUUCGACGUUAUAGAGUUUUACUAAAGUUAUUAGCAUCAUAUGGUGUAAGCAAUUGUAAUGAAGAAGAAGAUGAUGGUGGAGAUAUAACUGACACUUUGCGCAAGAUGAUGUUUGGUGAUGAAUCAUCUGAUGAAAUUCUUAAUGAAUCAUCUAAUGCUGAAGGUUCAAGGGAAAAUUCGGAAAUCGAAGUGGAAAUGAUAAGAUUUUUUCACGGUUUAACAACAAACCUUUUUAAUACAUUACAACCGAUGGUCUUACCCUUAGGGUUCAAUGAUGUAGAAGAAACCGCAAUUCUUAAUCUAGACCAUUUAAGUCGGCUAGGUCUUGAUCCACACGAAGAUGGAGCUUUCGUUGAAAAGUUCGCGGAAAUUUAUUUCGGGAGAAAAAUUGAAGUGAAGAUAGUUGUUGUUGCUUUCGGAUUUAAUUUCAACGGAUAG